ACACUUUCAGGGUGAAAGUUAGAGAGACAGAAAUAGAGAGAAAAAAAGGGCUCCAGUCAACAACACUGGAGACCGCACGAAAGAGAGAGGAAGAAAGGCAGAGGGACAUUGAAUAAGUGAAGCAGAGAUCCUGACAAAGUGAACCGUCACAUGGGGUGGAGAGGACGACCAACGUCACUAAGCGAGAAACAUCCAUCCUGAACGGGACAUUUUGGACGAGGAGUAUUGGAAACGCCGGCAACUAUCACUCUGCUGAAGUCUGUAAGUGAUCCAGGACUUCAGCGGUGUGGUGCCUACAAACCCUCCUGGGACUACGACAAACCAGACCAUCUCUGGCGCACGCGUGAUGUCUGCUGUAGACCUUCACUCAGUCUUCAAGUGGGACUUUAUUUGAGUAUUAUUUUCGUCUGGCUCAACUACUGCUCUGUUUGGAGUUGCGUUUAAAAGAAGACAUUUUUGGUUAAAUCUUGUUGUCCCAACUUGCACAGCAACAUUGCAUUUUCCAGGAAGCUUAAAUGUGCUUUGAGAAUACAGUAACAGUGUUUGGCUGGAACCCAAACUGCACUUUUGGACUACUCGCAACAUACUUUUGUUUUGUUUAGACUUCGUAUAGUCAGAAAUGCAGACAUAUUUGUUAGCAGCAGUGUUGUCCAGGAUGGAUUAGGUGUACUUUUACUGCAGUAUGUGAUCGGCUUUGUGGAGAGAGUUCUCUGUGCAUCAGUCAUGAGGAACAGUGUUGAUAUUAUUUGGGACAAUAUUUAGUUUGUCAAAGUUAGGUGCUCUUACAGAAACACACAUCUAUGCUUGGUAUUGUUUUCCCAGAAGAACCAUCGCUUACUUUGCAAGAAUGGAAUUCAUGACAUUGGAGGAUUAAAUAUAGAGAUUUGCAGCUAUUGAAACUCAUCUAAGAAGACAUUAACACUCUUGUUACACCUUCCCUUCCUGUUGAGGCUUAACUGCAGGUUAAUUUAAAAAUUGCUCUUUUUCUCUUGAUGCCAAGUUCUAAGGAGGCAUUGCCACAACCGCUGUGUCAGCUGUAUGUGCACUACACCUGAGAGACAUUUACGCAGUGCCACUCAUCACAGAAGUUCACUAUCCUUUGCUUCGGAAGAACAAUCUUAUCAGAGGAAGUGUCACAUCACCUUUGGCAUCACUUUCGUUGAACCUAUUAUACGAUUUUACUGGAGUUGCAAUUUAAGGUGUAAUCUGAGCAACUUCAAGUUGUAGAGAGACUCAAAAGAGGCAACUACUACCAGACUGUGAGGCUCCUGAGAAACCAGAGGAGCCAUGCUGAGAGGCCUGUUUCAGAGGAAACCUAAACAUGAGAGGCUGGAGGAAGAACCUGAGGUCAGAUUCAAAGGCUUGCUGGUGUCAGAGAGAGACCUGGGAUACACAUACGUCCAAGCUGGAGGCUCUGACUACUCUCCCCCUCCCCCCCUCCCUCCCCCCGUCCUUACCAACGAGCUCAGUGGCGGCGGCGGCGACCAUGGCGGAGGAGGGGGCGGGGUCAACCACGGGGUGGGCGUGGUGGGCCUGGCCCCGGAGCACAUCGCCACACCGGGGGCGGCCCUGAGCUGGCAGGCGGCCAUCGACGCUGCGCGGCAGGCGAAGAUAAUAGGCAACCCCGCAUCGGGCGGAGGGGCGGGGCUCGGGGCGGGAGGGGGCGGGCCCAUCUCCACGGCCAGCUCCACGCAAAGGAAGAGACAACACUAUAGCUCGAAGCCCAAGAAACAGACAACGACGACAGCCACAAGGCCGCCACGGGCCCUACUCUGUCUCACACUCAAGAACCCCAUCCGCAGGGCCUGCAUCAGCAUCGUAGAGUGGAAACCAUUUGAGAUCAUCAUCCUGAUGACCAUUUUUGCCAACUGUGUGGCCUUAGCCGUCUACAUCCCCUUCCCCGAGGACGACUCGAACGCCACCAACUCCAACCUGGAGCGUGUGGAGUAUCUGUUCCUCAUCAUUUUCACGGUGGAGGCUUUCUUGAAGGUAAUAGCCUACGGCCUGCUCUUCCACCCCAACGCCUACCUGAGGAACGGCUGGAAUCUGCUCGACUUCAUCAUCGUAGUAGUAGGGUUAUUCAGUGCGAUCUUGGAGCAGGCCACCAAGGGGGACGGGGCCACUCCUAUUGGAGGGAAGGCGGCGGGCUUCGAUGUCAAGGCUCUGAGGGCGUUCAGAGUACUCCGACCCCUCAGACUGGUCUCUGGAGUACCCAGUUUACAGGUAGUGUUGAACUCCAUAAUCAAAGCCAUGGUUCCUCUGCUCCAUAUCGCCCUGCUGGUCCUCUUUGUCAUCAUCAUCUAUGCCAUCAUUGGCCUGGAGCUCUUCAUGGGCAAGAUGCACAAGACCUGCUCUCACGAGCACACAGGCACCAUCGCAGAGGAAAAGCCGGCACCGUGCGCUCCUGAGGGGGCUUACGGUCGACACUGUAAACACAACGGAACAGAUUGCCAAGUGGGAUGGGAGGGCCCAAACGACGGCAUCACCAACUUUGACAACUUUGCCUUUGCCAUGUUGACGGUGUUCCAGUGUAUAACCAUGGAGGGCUGGACGGACGUGCUGUACUGGAUGCAGGAUGCUAUGGGCUAUGAGCUGCCAUGGGUCUAUUUUGUCUCUCUCGUCAUCUUCGGCUCCUUUUUCGUUCUCAAUCUCGUUCUGGGGGUGUUGAGCGGAGAGUUUUCCAAGGAGAGAGAGAAGGCCAAGGCACGUGGUGACUUCCAGAAACUCAGAGAAAAACAGCAACUGGAGGAGGACCUCAAGGGCUAUUUAGACUGGAUCACUCAGGCUGAAGACAUUGACCCAGAGAAUGAAGAGGAGGGCAUGGACGAUGAUAAACCUAGAAACCGUAAGAGCCAGCGUUUUCAGUCCCUGCGUGGAGCCGUGAAGAAAAAUGCGGCUUUCCUUCUGAGCAUGCCAGCGAGUGAGAAUGAAUCAGUCAACACAGACAACGCCCCCGGGGGAGACGUGGAGGGGGAGACCUGCUGUACCCGGCUAGCAAAUAGGAUCUCCAAAUCCAAGUUCAGUCGAUACUCUCGGAGGUGGAACAGGCUGUGUAGGAGGAAGUGCCGGGCAGGGGUCAAAUCGCAGGUUUUCUAUUGGCUGGUCAUCUUCCUGGUUUUCCUCAACACUCUGACCAUCGCCUCUGAACAUCACCAGCAGCCUCAGUGGUUAACAGAUGUACAAGACAUAGCCAACAAGGUGUUGCUAGCACUCUUCACUGGUGAGAUGCUGUUGAAGAUGUACAGUCUGGGUCUGCAGGCGUACUUUGUUUCGCUCUUCAAUCGCUUCGACAGCUUCGUAGUAUGUGGAGGAAUUCUUGAGACCAUUCUGGUGGAAACCAAGGUCAUGUCUCCUCUCGGCAUCUCUGUGUUGCGCUGCGUACGCUUGCUGAGAAUCUUCAAAAUAACCAGAUACUGGAACUCCCUAUCCAACCUGGUGGCCUCCCUUCUAAACUCUGUUCGCUCCAUUGCUUCCCUGCUGCUCCUGCUCUUCCUCUUCAUCAUCAUCUUCUCCCUGCUCGGCAUGCAGCUGUUUGGGGGGAAAUUCAACUUCGACGAGACCAGACGCAGCACCUUUGACAACUUUCCCCAGUCUCUGCUCACCGUGUUUCAGAUCCUAACGGGAGAGGACUGGAACUCUGUGAUGUACGAUGGUAUCAUGGCGUACGGUGGACCGUCUUUCCCCGGCAUGCUGGUCUGCAUCUACUUCAUCAUCCUCUUCAUCUGCGGAAACUAUAUCUUACUGAAUGUCUUCUUGGCCAUUGCUGUCGACAAUCUGGCAGACGCCGAGAGCCUGACAUCCGCCCAGAAAGAGGAGGAAGAGGAGAAGGAGAGGAAAAAACUUGCCAGGUUGGCCAGUCCAGAGAAACGUCAUGCCAACGAGAAGCCGCCUCUGGAGGAGGAGAAGAAGAAGGAGAAGAAGAAGAAGAAGAAGGAGAAGAUAGAGCUGAAGUCCAUCACCUCUGAUGGAGAGACAAACACUGCUACUAAGAUUACCAUGGAUGACUACUGUGGAGAUGAGAGUGAAGAGAAGAACCCAUACCCUGCCAAUGAUUACAUAGGAGACGAUGACGACGAAGAGCCAGAGAUGCCAGUGGGCCCGAGGCCGAGGCCGCUCUCCGACAUUCAGCUGAAGGAGAAGGCCAUUCCCAUGCCCGAGGCUCGCGCUUUCUUCGUCUUCAGUCACACCAACAAAUUCAGGGUUCUUUGCCAUAAGAUCGUCAACCACAACAUCUUCACCAACCUCAUCCUCUUCUUCAUCCUGCUCAGCAGCAUCAGUCUGGCAGCAGAGGACCCGGUCAAGAAUGACUCCUUCAGAAACCAGAUCCUGGGCUAUGCAGACCAUGUCUUUACUGGACUCUUCACCAUAGAGAUCAUUCUUAAGAUGACAGCCUAUGGGGCCUUCGUCCAUAAAGGUUCAUUCUGUAGAAACUAUUUCAAUAUUUUGGACCUGGUGGUUGUCAGUGUGUCUCUCAUCUCCUCUGGAAUACAGUCCAGUGCAAUUAAUGUGGUGAAGAUCCUGAGAGUUCUGCGAGUGCUCAGACCACUGAGGGCCAUCAACAGAGCCAAAGGACUGAAGCAUGUAGUGCAGUGCGUCUUCGUGGCCAUCCGGACCAUCGGCAACAUUGUCAUCGUCACCACGUUGCUCCAGUUCAUGUUCGCGUGCAUCGGAGUACAGCUCUUUAAGGGCAAGUUCUUCUUUUGUACCGACACCUCUAAACAAACUCAUGCAGGCUGCAGGGGUUCCUACAUUAUGUAUAAGGAUGGUGAUGUGGGGAAGCCUCAAAGAGCCCAGAGAGUGUGGGAGAACAGUGACUUUAACUUUGACGAUGUCCUGCAAGGCAUGAUGGCUCUGUUUGCGGUGUCUACCUUCGAGGGCUGGCCAGGGUUACUGUACCGGGCCAUAGACUCUCACGCUGAGGACGUCGGGCCCGUCUACAACUACCGCGUGGUCAUCUCCAUCUUCUUCAUCAUCUACAUCAUCAUCAUCGCCUUCUUCAUGAUGAACAUCUUCGUCGGUUUCGUCAUCGUCACAUUCCAGGAGCAAGGAGAGCAGGAAUAUAAGAACUGUGAGCUGGACAAGAAUCAGCGUCAGUGUGUGGAGUAUGCUUUGAAGGCACGUCCGUUGCGUCGCUACAUCCCCAAGAACCCUUACCAGUACAAGGUGUGGUAUGUGGUUAACUCCACCUACUUUGAGUACCUGAUGUUCACACUCAUCCUUCUCAACACCAUCUGUCUGGCCAUGCAGCAUCAUGGACAGACCAAAAAUUUCAAUGAUGCCAUGAACAUCCUCAACAUGCUCUUCACUGGACUCUUCACUGUGGAAAUGAUCCUUAAACUGAUCGCCUUCAAACCCAGGGGGUACUUUAGUGAUCCCUGGAAUGUGUUUGAUUUCCUCAUCGUAAUUGGCAGCAUAAUAGACGUCAUUCUCAGUGAGAUCAACCAUUAUUUUGUUGAUGCAUGGAACACAUUUGAUGCCUUGAUAGUUGUGGGUAGCAUUGUUGACAUAGCGAUCACUGAGGUUAACCCAGCUGACUCCUCCUCGUCCUCGUCCUCCUCCUCCUCUUCGCCCUCCUCCUCCUCCUCUUCUUCCUCUCACCCCCCUGUGGUAAGGCCAAUGGGACUGCAGAACUCUGAAGAGAACGCCAGGAUCUCCAUCACCUUCUUCCGGCUGUUCCGCGUGAUGAGGCUGGUGAAGCUGCUGUCUCGCGGGGAAGGGAUUCGGACCCUGCUGUGGACCUUCAUCAAAUCCUUCCAAGCUCUGCCCUACGUAGCUCUGCUUAUAGUGAUGCUAUUCUUCAUAUACGCUGUCAUCGGCAUGCAGAUGUUUGGUAAAAUAGCGCUGCGGGACCACACGCAGGUCAACAGGAACAACAAUUUCCAGACGUUUCCUCAGGCAGUGCUGCUGCUCUUCAGAUGUGCAACAGGUGAGGCAUGGCAGGAGAUCAUGCUGGCGUGCUCGCCCGAUCGGCCGUGUGAGAAAGGAUCGACCAAUGAGAGCAACCCAGACCAAGAGGACUGUGGCAGCCAGUUUGCCAUCAUUUACUUUGUCAGCUUCUACAUGCUCUGUGCCUUUCUGAUCAUCAACCUGUUUGUGGCCGUCAUCAUGGACAACUUUGACUAUCUGACACGCGAUUGGUCAAUCCUGGGGCCGCAUCAUCUUGACGAAUUCAAGAGGAUCUGGGCUGAAUAUGACCCAGAGGCUAAAGGGAGAAUAAAGCACCUGGAUGUGGUGACUCUGCUGCGAAGAAUCCAGCCUCCACUCGGCUUUGGAAAGCUCUGUCCACACAGAGUAGCCUGCAAGCGUCUGGUGUCGAUGAACAUGCCUCUGAACAGCGAUGGAACGGUGAUGUUCAAUGCCACACUGUUUGCCCUGGUCAGAACCGCACUCAGGAUCAAGACAGACGGAAACCUGGAGCAGGCCAACGAGGAACUGAGGGCGAUAGUGAAGAAGAUCUGGAAGAGAACCAGCAUGAAGCUCUUGGAUCAAGUAGUGCCCCCUGCUGGAGAUGAUGAGGUAACAGUCGGGAAGUUCUACGCUACCUUCCUCAUCCAGGAAUAUUUUCGCAAGUUUAAGAAGAGGAAAGAACAAGGGCUGGUGACCAAGGUGGCCCCCAAAACUGCCCUUUCUCUGCAGGCGGGCCUGCGGACAUUGCAUGACAUUGGUCCAGAGAUUCGGAGGGCCAUCUCUGGAGACCUGACGGUGGAGGAGGAGCUGGAUAAAGACCUGAAGGAGCCCGUGUCGGCUGUAUCCGAGGAUGAUAUCUUCAGGCGUUCGGGUGGGUUGUUCAGCAACCACGUCAACUACUACAACCAGAGCGAUGGCCACGCUUCCUUCCCACAGUCCUUCACUACCCAGCGUCCCUUGCACAUCAGCCAGAAGGGCUCCCCUUGCGAAGACGAGAGUCCGUCCCACGAGAAGCUCAUGGACUCGACCACUUUCACCCCUUCCUCUUACUCCUCAUCAGGCUCCAAUGCCAACAUCAACAAUGCCAACAACACUGGCAUGGUCGGGGUGACGACCCAGGGCAUCAGUCGAUUCCCAAGCCCGUCCAUAAGCACUGUGGACGGGCACACAGGACAGCCGCUCACCCCAAUCCUGCUGCCAAGGUCCGCGUGGUGCUUUCCUCCAAAGAGGACGUGUUUUUAUGACACCCUCAUGCGCUCGGACUCAAGUGACAGCCGUCGGCCGAUCAUCCGAAGAGGCGAGGGGUCGACGGAGGAGACGUAUGAUGAGAGCUACGGCGACCACGAUGACGACCACUCGCUCUCCUCUGACAUGCUGGUGUAUCAUGAUGAAACAUGUAAGCAGUUGAAUCCCAUGGAGGAAGGAGAAGAGGUAGAAGACAGAAGAGGAGGAGGAGGAGGAGGAGGGUGGCAGUCUCCCAGGAGAGUCUUCCUCUGCCCCACCACUCUGGCGCGGAGAUCGUCUUUCCAUCUGGAGUGUCUGAGGAGACAGUCGAGGCCAGACAUCUCCCAAAAGACGUCUGUACCGCUACACCUUGUACAUCAUCAGGCUCUGGCAGUCGCAGGGUUGAGUCCUCUGCUAAGACGGAGUCACUCACCUACCCUCUUCAGCCGGCUGUGCUCCACGCCUCCAGCCAGUCCCACAGCCCAUGGCAGUGAUGCCUCCUACCAGCGAGUGCCCUCUCUAAGGCUAGAGGGCUACAACUCCCAUGAAAAGCUCAAUACCAGCUUGCCCUCUGUCAACUGUGGGCCCUGGUACAGCGACAGUAAUGGGAACAGCCGGGUGCCCAGUCCUAGCCUCAACCCCAGUGUGUCAGUGUCCAAUCAAAGACCACCACGGCCGGUGUCGCUCACAGUGCCCUCGCUACUGGGAAAAGACUCCAGCUCACUGUGUCACGGCAGUGCAGGCAGUCUGGUGGAGGCAGUGCUAAUAUCAGAGGGUUUGGGCCAUUUCGCCCAGGACCCGUCCUUCAUCGAGGUGACCAAAGCCGAGUUGGCCGACGCGUGCGACAUGACCAUCGAGGAGAUGGAGCACGCGGCCAACAACAUUCUCAACGGCAACCCCGCCACGCACGCAACAUCCAGCGCCUCCUCCAGCUCCCAGCACAGCCCCAACGGCAACCUCCUCCCCUUCCACACAGCAGCAGCAGCAACGCACAGGGACCAAGUGGUCAGCGAAGGCGGGGAAGAAGCCGGCGGAAGCAGAGGCUCCAUCCACGAGCCCUCCUCGCUGGAGGAGCGACAGGAGCUGCUCGCAGAGGGGAGCGGACGAGAAGAGGAGGAGGAGGAGGAGGAGGAGGAGGAGGAGGAGGAAGAGGUGGAAGAGGUGGAAGAGAGGGAGGAGGAGCAGCACAGAAGCUCGGUUGUGAUUGGAGGAGCGCGGCAGAGGAACAGCAGGCUGUUAGAGGACGAGGAUAUGGAGUGUGUGACGAGUUUGUAGGAGUCGGACUGACAGGUUUGAUUGGCCAACUGGCCCCUCUGACAUCAUCAGAGACUGACGCUCGUCAGUGCUGGGUAACAGCGCCAUGGCUGGCUCUGUCUGUCCCCGCCCCUCACACACACACACACUGUCUGCCUCUCAGCCAGACGUAACCGCUCUGGACAAUGGCGGCCAGUGACGCAACAUUAAACACCUGGUUAUGACUCUGUUGGUUUAUAAGAGUUUGUAUGUGUGUGAAUGUUUGUAGUCAAGUAUACCACACUAUACUCUAUACUAUCUGAGUGUAUGCUUGUGUGUGUGUGUUUGUGUGUGUGUGAUCUAUGAUUUUCUCUAUUUGUACGUGUGCGUGAGUGCGUGUGUUCUGCACACGUGUCUGAGUGUGUCUCUAAAGUGCCUCACAGUUUUAUCAUGUCCUCAAAGUGUGAAAAGGAAAGUGGAGACGAGCAAAAAAAAAAGAAAGGAUGAAGGAAAGGUAGAAAAGAAACAACAGAAGCAGGAAGUCCUUUUAAUGGGUUUACUGCAGAUGAUGUAGUGCGUUUAUUGUUUUCAUUUCCUAUGCCUACUUUGGUGUUGUGUUAUUGUUGUUUGUCUGGCCGCCAUGAAGCCAGGUAGGGGACAGCAGGCCAGCUUGUGGGAGGGGGGGGUCAGUUAAGGAUUUAGAUCUGACCGCACACAUUUGUGGUCAAAGGUCAACUCCUCCUUCUUGGUUCACUGAUAAUGAAGCGCUGUAUUGAGUAAACGGGGGUGAGGAAAACCCUGUUUGAUAUCUCAUUUCUCUUCCUCUUCCAAAGCUAAGGGACCUUGGAGCACAGCCCUGCCAGCCCGGGGGUGGGAUGAAGGUGACAUACCACCCCCAGCCAGGGGGGGAAGGAUUUGAGGGAUGGACCAAAAGCCACAACAGGGCUUCUGUAGGGGGCCAUGGGCAGAGAGAGACACUCUCUGGCCUACAGGAAGCUUGCCAGCUCUGAAAUCCGCUGGUCAGUGAGAUGCCAGCGAGAGACAAAGUCUGUCACCUUGACCUGGCUUCGCCUCCUCUGCCGCUUUUCCUUGUUUGGUCACGCCCACUUCCUGCCCCAAACAGGAAAUGGGAGGAGCAUUUGGUGGCUAAGCAGAGACAGCGAGCCCCCUUUUCUGCCUCAUACCUCGACGUUCCUCACUCCUCCCUCUCUCCUUCCUCCCUCUUCUUUGGUUAUUCCACCAUCCCUCUUCCUCCAUCGCUGGAUUUUUUGCUUUUUCAGCCCUCGGGAGGUGAGUGUGUCGAACAGGGCAACAGAGACGGAGGGUGGAGGAGAGAACGGGAGUGACCGAUUGAAAAGAAAGCGGACUCUGGGCAUGAAUCUACAGAGAAUCUGUCCGUCAAUCAACCUCACUUCCUUCUCCGAGACCCUCCUCUUCCUUUCAGCGUGGAAUCCUAUUGGAUUUGCUGCCACACACACACUCUCUCUACAGACCACGCCCACUAUGUAUUUAACAGUUCAAUAUUGUGCAAAACUGGCUAGCCAUGACUAUUUUGUUUUAUAUUCAUGAUGUUAUUGGUUUAAUUUAUCCUUGAUUUGUUUGCAAAAUCGGGGUGCUGGUCUCAUAAAUGUAUUUUUGCUCGAUUUAUUUUAGGAGAAUUUUAAGAGGUUUUAAGUAUCGAAGCAGGGCGUAGUGUUUGUGUGCGAGUGUAUAACUAUAUCUGUGCGUGCAGGGUGUGUGUCUGCGUUUUAGUACAGGAUGGACGUAUGUAUGUACGAAUGUUUGAGAUGGCGUGUGUAUCUAAAAGAGGGGUCAUUCUCUCUUAUCAGUAUGCACCUUUUACAGAUUGUAUCUAUUUAUUUAUUUAUUUUUCCCAGAAGAGAAAAAAACGUGUGAGGGUGUGAGUUUGUAUGUGUGCGUGCCUGUGUCCGAGUGGUUACUUAUGUAUUCUAAAAAGCAGAUUUUAAGCCUAGACAGUAAAUUAAGGUAGCAUUACAAGUAUGGUAUUGUGUGUGGGGGUGUGUGUGUGUAUGUGUGUGUGUGAGUGUGUGAUAAUGGGCCUCCUUAACACAGGGUUACCAUGGACAGGCAUGCUUCCAAAGCUUUGUGAUUUCUUUAGCACGGCUUUUACUUUUUAGCCAAGCUGCAGAGUCUGAAGCCACGCUCUCUUUGAAAAUCUUGUCAGUGCGUAACUUUCCUUUAUUUCUCUGUUUAGAGGUUAUUAGGCGUAAAGGAUUCCAGCGGGGUCCGAGUGACGGCUCAGUUUACAGCGGUGGUGAGUUUUCGGCAUUGCAGCUUGGCCAGAAGGGAAGAAGCCUUUUGGCAAUUGCUGCUUUUCUUCUUUAUGGUGGACGGUCUCUCUGAAUGGUAGAAGCACCAAAAUCGCACUGCCACAUGAAUGAACUUGGGGGGGGGGGGGGGGUGACGCCCUGAUCGCUCGGCUGUGACACACCAUAAUCACAUGAUUUACAUCAUUUAAUCGUAGUUUAAACUCCAAAUGAACUAUUAGGGCUGGUGAACAGAUGCUGCAAGACUUCUGAAUCACAUCUCUUUGUCUGAGGUCUGCUCAUAUCACAAAACAUUAUGAUUUAUUGUCAUCGUGGAAAUAAAACCGCUCCCUGUCUGUAAUAUAAUUUGCUGGUAACACUAAUUACUGAAAGAAUAUACUACAGACAGGUCGUUUACUGUCGAUUGAUAAGAUGUGUAAUUGUUUGAUUACGUGAAAAAUGAUCGGGUUAGAUCAGAAAAGUGUCCUGGAGAUUUUUGUCCUUUCAUUUUCUUCUUAUGGCGUUAAGGUAGCAUGCUGACAACUCUUCACUGACCUUUCUCUAUUAUAGUUUGUUUCUGGAUUAUAGUUUAGCUUCACUUGAGACGGUAUGACCACAGGGCGCCACAGCCAGUUAUGGACCUCAGCCUUCAGUACAUCACACAGAGCAUGGGUAUCACCUUGGUGUUAUAUCUGUCAAACAUUCCCAAUGUCAGAAUCACAUCCUUGGUGCCGAUUGUCACAUUUAUUAAACAACUUUAUAGUAUUUUGAAACUGAAAUGAUUCAGUUCAGCUCUCUAAAAUGGGAUGUAACAAGACAAAAAAAAAAAAAACAUCAUUGUUGUUACCGCCACAAUUCAGAUGCAAAGUCAACAGGACACUAGUGUUGAAAGUUAGAGCAGCGCUCACAUGCAGAUACACGUCAGUGGAUGUAAGAACUUACAUUCUAUGAUAAGCUUAGAGCAUUGACAACAGUAGUUUUAAUCUCAAACUCUCUUAUUAGCUCUAAAGAAAGUCCAAAUAUGUCGCGAUAGAUUUUACCUCUAAACAUCUCACUUUAAAAGACGUUGAAUUCCUGCCCUGAGAUUCUGUCACAUUUCAACUUCUAGCCAUUACUUUCACUUUAAUUUCCCAUUUAAGGUCCGACUGCUGAGCUCUCAUUCCUGCGUGUUGAGCAGAGCAGCUUUGUGACAGGGAAGGGUAUGCAUGAACACACUGCCAUACACUGCAUCCUGUGCCAGUAAACAGACUUCUGACAUUAUUAUGCAAACUAAAUGUGAAUGUUGAACAUGUUUUCCAGUGGCAGUGCUAUUGUUGUUUUAUGGUUAUGAUCAUACUGCAAACCCUGAAGAAGUCUGUGUUGACAAAGGAAUACCCUCCCUGACAUUUAGUCUGUUUCUUCCUUUGGCCCUCAUCAAACAUCUUCAUUUCUUUCUUUCAGUUAUUCUAAAAGCGCCUCAUUUAAAUAGUACUUAUAAAGAAAUAACUUGGUACCAGAAGCUAAGAGACGACUUAGCUACGAGUGGCUCACGCCAGUUUCUGUAUAAGUUGCUUUUAUUUCGUCUAAAAGUUAGUAAAGCAGAUUUAGGUACGGUCGAGCAUGUUAAUGUGUGUGCAGGGAAGCAUCGGGGUUCAGGGUUUCAACCUUAAAGUUAGUCUCACACUGUGUGCUCUGGUUUUUGUACCCACACUUUGUUGGAUCAGCCCGGGUCAAGUUUAUUGAACCCUGAAUUUAAAAGACCAAAUGAGCUCUCCUCCUGGUUAUUUAUGCUGAUUUACUCGAUAAACCUAAUGUCUAUCAGGUCUAAAUCCUUAAGAAUAAAUAUAAAGUAGUAGUUUUGGUAUCCAAACUGCCACAAAGGAGCCAGCGAGUGUGUCUGCUUUCUACCAACCAUUCUGUCAGCCCGUAUAGAUACAGCUGUGAAUGUUACUGAUAAGAAACCAUGUAAUGAUUGACGAAUUAAUGAAUCGAAUCAUUUAACCGACACAGAACCAUUUUCAGACCGACCGAGCUGAAAAAGAAAAUAGGAUAAAUGUUCAGUAUCACCUCCAGCUUUGAGGAGCAUUCAGAAACUACAUUUAGUUCAAAUCCUUUACUUUUGUGUUCCUAAUCAACGUCCACGUACAUAUUACAGAGAGACAUGCCCACUUAGAGUCACCCAGCCAAUCAGAAGUGCCAACCCAGGCUGUGUUGUGUCUGUUUGAGGUUUAAAGGCUCUGUGGUUUCAAAUGCUGGUGAGAGAGAGUCAGAGGCCUGUGGGGGGGCCCCCGUGUGGAGUGGAGCAGCAUUGCAGUUAUUAUUUUACACAUCGGUUAGAAUGAACUCUUGAGUUGUUGUGUUGCAGUAUAUGGUACGCGUGGGUGUAAUCCUGCAUCCCACAAGAUAUGCAAAAACAAUGCAAUAACUAUGACUGUGGGUACCCUGAAGAAUCAGUAUCAUGAUGAUGUAUUAUUUUCAGUUUGUUACAUUUGUAAGUGAUCUCAGCGGGUUCCAUGCCAGAGAAACCUAACAUACUUGAAAUCAGGUACAUUGCAAUGCAGUAUAGUAAAGAUGUAUUUAUUUAUCCUUCUCGUGCCAGGCUGUUGGAUCCGCAGUCUAAAAUGUGUAUUGAGACAUCGAACAUGAAAUUGGUGUUUUUGGUUGCGGUUUAACAUCCAGCCAGUGUAGCCCCAGGAUUAUUUUUUGAUGAUUCAGCAGCAAAAAAAAACACUAAAUCCAACUCUCUGACUCAAUAUGAGUUUGACUGCAUCCCUUCCUCUUGUGGAUUCCCUUCUUUAGUCUUUAAAUGGAUUGAGCUGCGAUUGGUAUUGCAUGAGGUUCACACGUUGGCAUUAAGCGUGCCGGCUUUUGCAGUCGUUUUGUUUUGAUCAGGUUAAGUAUCAUAUCAUACUUCAUGACAGUAGCUAUUUCUAUUUAGUGUAAAUAUGAUUAAAGUCAGUAUUUCUUCUCCAGAUAAACAUUUGACGGCGGACAGCAGUGGAGGCUGUUUGGAAGGUGAUUUUGCAUAUCUUGUGUCUUACGGGCUCCGAGUACAUUUUCAGAUUCUUCACCCAGAGGAGGACGGAGCUCGUGUUUUACUCCCCAAUUUAGACAGGUGUCACUACUUAUGUUGCCAUCGUCUCUGUCUUCAACUUCUAUCUUUUCCUCGUCUGACAUUUGGAAGAUGGACCAGUGGGAACAUAUUGUAUGAAAUGGACCAAAUUAAUAAUUAGUAGUUUUUACAAAACACAUAGGUGGAUUGAAGUCAAAGCUAGGGACAGACAAACAUACACUUGAUUGCUUAUAUGCUAUAUUCAGGCACAAAGUGGAAAAUAUACAUGGAAACGUCAAUUUUAAAUCCACAGGUUAAACUGCAGCCAGAGUUGUAGUCGAGACCACUUAAACCGAGACCAGGUCAUGAUCAAGACCAGAGAGUAUCGAGACUGAGGCAAGACCAAGACCGGAACAGUGAGAGUCCACACCGCAUGACACACUUACAAUAAAGAUGUGGAACUACCAAUUCCAUCGCACACACUAAUUCUGUUAUAUAGUGGAUACUACAUUUCCCAUAAUUCAACAAACAAUAUUUCUUCUAUAGACCCUUCCUGCCCUCAUCUUUUAAACUCAAUGGCUUCUAAAGCAAAUAGCAGAUGGUGGUGAGACAGUUCUAGAAAUUUAUAAAAAAUACAUUUUAAAUGAUAAGUGUCAUUUUAAAGCCACAGUUAAAUUGACAUAAACCAGCACAGUGUAACAUGGGGAAGUAUGCUGAUUUCUUGCAUACCAACGGCAAAAACACACCAUAAAGAUCAUGUAGUUAUGUUGUAUGCGGGUAGUGUGUUAUAUGGAAAGGGAACACAGCAGGAGUGUCUAUUGUGUCCACCCUGCCAGUAAUAGUCCUUUUUAACAGCUGACAUUUUGCCCAAAAAGCACAAGUGCAACUGUUAACCUUAAUCACGGCUUAUUUUCAUAUUGGCGUGCCAGUAAAGCAGCGUGCACCACCACUAAAUGGAAUGUAGCCAUUACUAAUGAUAGUAGUUACACUUGUUUAUUGUGUGUGUGUGUGUGUGUGUGUGUUUACCUGUGGUCUCUGCCUCACUGCUAGUAGCCAGUUUAUCAGGCUGCUAAUCAGGCUGAUAAGCUGCAGCUGUGUUGCCAUGAAGGGCGCAGUUCAAAUGUAAGCCACUUUCCUCGAGUGAAAGCAAAGAUGGGGGGGGAAUCAAAGGCCUGCGGGUUCCGCUGGAUGGAAGACAAUCUGUUGACGACAAUGGGAAGCAGUGGGUGUUUGGUCUGAAUAACAAUGUUGGGUGGGGAGAGUAUCUUUUUUGGGGGAUUGUUGAAGGUUUUAUUUCAUCAUGUUUGGAUUUCUGGGUGGUCUCAGUUCAUACAUGGUGAACUAUAUCUCCUAGUAAAGGUAUACGUGCAUGGGUUUCUCUCUCUAGGGAUAUAAAGUAUUGGUCCUAUGUGAAUGAUAUCUUUUGUCUCACCACUAGCCAAUGAUUGUAUAUUUUUAUACACCAUAUACCAUAUAAUAGCAAGAAAUAUAUCAAUAUGUAAUAUUUAAUCACCAGAAUGUUAGAGGAAGGAAAAAGGCAGGACAUUUAUUUAGGAAUGUUGUGAAAUAUGAGAAUGUGUUCUAGAAUCCUACUGACUGAGGGUCAGUCCCACUUUAUUGACUUGUAUGUUUGACCAAAAGGAAUCAGCAGGGAAUAAUGUAGUUAUAUUUACUGAAGAUGGAACAUUGUAUGUUUCAGCUGACGGCAUAUACACAACAGCCGUUUAGGUCUUUUCACCAACCGGCUCGGAUGAUUCCCAGACGAUGUGGCUCCUCAAGUCCAUCCCAAUACGGCUACAUUUAUACCCCGUUAGCUGCAUAACACAAAUAACCAAAUGACAUAACUAACUGCAGCGGAGAUGUCUGGAAAUGCAUCCAUUACCAGUGACUGCAGAAGUAAGAGCUCAGCUUUUAACGACAGUACGGUACCGAAGUGAAUGCAUUUCACGAGCCAAAUUAAGCAAUUUGGGAGAGAUCUGAAAUCGAGCAUGCGUUUAGCUUUUGUUUCAUUUUUCGUGAAGUAAGCUGAAAGACAUUGAACUACCAGCAACCUGUCGGACAUUUUCCUACUGUAGCACCAAGAGACCUGUCUCACCUUCACUAGUCCUACGUCAGCCACACACACACACACACACAUACACACACUGCAUUAUUGAAGCUGUUAAAGACAUCAAACCAAAAAAAUACCGCCUAUCAAGCACUAGAUAUCUCUAUGCUUUGAGCCAUGAAAAUCAUGUAGCUUCUAUUUGUUUUCUUCCAAGAAAGGAGUAGAGGACUUGAAGUAUGUGUGUGUGCAGAGGAAUCCUCACUGAAGGAAGGGGGGGAGGAACCAAAUGAUUGUGUGGGUUUAGCAGCAAUGAAAAAGAAAGAUAUAAGUCUGGUAAAGAACAGUUUAUCCAAUUUUAUUUUUAAUGGCAGAUUUGAUCUAAAAAUGUGGAAUUUAUUUAUCUAUUUUUGUGUUUGUGUGGAAGAGCUGCUGUACAUGACCGAGUACAAUCCAAGCUGCUCAGUAUUAAGAAAAGAUGUCAUCCUCACACGCUUCAACAAAAAUAGUAUUCUACACAUGGCCAUUUGAAACGUGUAAGAGCUGUGUGUUUAUCCUAAACUACACACAGAUAUGUGCUACGUAUCACUUUAUCAGAGGGAGUGAGGCCUCCUGUCGUGGUCACUCAGAUCUCACGUGGAUCAGAUGCACGUUAUAUUUUCUUGUAAACGGAAGUGUUCGUUGAUCAUUGUUUGAUCCUGACAAAUAUUUUAAGAGGACUAUUUUUGAAUUUUCCUUUUUUUUCUUCUUGGUAAGAAUCAGCAUAGCCUGUUUGUAGAAGUUUAAUUCAUUAUAAUUAGAAUAUGAUUUCCCUUUUCUGGAGAAACAGUACGGAUGUUACUUUGACAUCAGCGCUGAUGGAUGCUUUGGGAAGUGGAACAGAGAGCAAAAGAGGGAAUAUAUUAUGAGAUUCAAGUUUAUAUUGCAAGUAUCUUCUAUUUUAGAUAUUAUAUAUAGAACAGCUAUGUCUAAAUUAUAUUAUAUGAAAUGAUAGUUUGGAGCUGGACUUUGCAGAGGAUCAAAACAAAUCUGGUUCUUUGAGGGGGGAAAUGCCCAGAUCAGGUUGGGAGGGGGGCCAUACUGUUAAAACUCUACACGCGCUGAAUGUUUCCACUAGGUUUACACACGUGUGUGUGAUUUGUAGUCUUUGUCUGUGUGUUGCCAGUGCAGGAGUUUAGGGAGGAACAAGAGUAGAUGCAAUGUGAUUACAAUACCUACACCUGGCGGAUUAAAACCUUGAAAGAAUCUUAACUCUAGAUAUGUUUGUUGCACUGGCUCAUACUGUAGUAGUAACACUCAAACGCUCAUAGACGCAUGUUGAGUCUUCACCAAUCAGUCAUGGGACAAUUGGAUUUCUUCACUCGUGAGUGUGGUGAUGAAUUGUGUGAAAACACAAUUGAUUUACUUCCUUUUCCCUCGGCUGCUGAGCCCUAGAAAUGAACCAAAUAGAUAUGUGCUUGCGUAAUAGAUUUAGAAAUGACAUAAAGGAUCGUAGAGGUAGUAGCAGCACCCGUGUGAGAACAUUUAGGACGACUGUUAGUAUUGGAAGGACCUUGAAAGCCUUGGUGUUUAUCACUCAUUCCUUCUCUUAUCGUUAUUCAAAUCAAUAAUAAAUCAUAAGAGAUUCCUAUUUGCACAUAUUAGAAUGUCUGAGUCUGACACGGCGACUGCUCUCUGUGUUUCACUUUAGUGGAGAACGCUGCACCCACAGCGUUGUCGGUUGAGGAGAGGAGUUUUCUGUAGCAGCUAGUGUUUCUAACAGCGGACUCUCUCCGCUCUAGAGGCGUGGCAGCAGCUUUACGACGCUCACUUUCUGCGAGUGGUUCUGGUGGUGGAGCAGCUCAGUGGAACCACGAAUGUCUGUGCCUCCCUGCAUCUGCUAAUUCUCUCUAGUUUUAAUGAUAAGACUUAACGUUGCACCACCAAUGAUGAUGAUUUCAUCCCUUGAAUGUAGAACGCGGUGACGCUCAUACCGGUGUGCUCGCAUAUCUUUGAGAUGAGGGUUAGGCUACUGGUUUAUGUUUAGAUAUUUUCAUCUUUUUUUUUGUAGCAGCUAUCUCAGUUUUGGCCACAAUAGUCACACAAAAAAACAAACACAUUUUCCCUCUUUGUCGGCACAUAGGAUCUCUACAAACGUUUUGCUAAGAAAGUCACACUUCACCACAAAAAGUUAGAAACAAACAGGUACUGUGUGCCUGUGUGUAAAUGCAGCUUUAAUGAAUGAGUUGGCCCAUCUGAGAGCAGUCUCGUGUACGUCAUCAGUGUUUUCUUCCGUUAGUUAUCUGUUGCUGGUGUGGAAACGCCUCUUUAACAGCAUGCAGGCGUGAUUCCUUUUUCUUUUGUUUUUACCGAGGCAGUCUGAUCUCGGCCUUUAGCCAUCCUGAUGAUUCAACGGCAGAGAUGCACAGAUCCAUAUUGAGUAGUUUUGAAUGUUCCUUAUUUACUGGGUAAAUGCCAUGGCUGUGUGGCUCUGUUCUCCACUGGUCAGUAGUGUCUUAUGAUCUUCUUCGUAGUCUUCUUCACUACUCAUGCAAAGUGUUAAAGGGCCUUUGACGGGAUUGAGCUGUUUGUUUUCUGUCUGUUAUUUUGUAUGGAGAGAGGCGUUCACACGGAGACCAAUCUGUCGUAAUAUUAGUAGUGACACUACUGCUAAAUGUAGUAUUUAAUAACAGCACUAUUUAUGGUCAAAAGAUGAAAUAGAGUGUGUUAUUGUACUUGCGGUAGCUUUGGAGGCAGGUGGUCAUUUUGUAACUGUUCAUUAACAUAAGCCACUCCCCCUCAACUGCGAGGGAUUUCAUUGGUUCUGAGGUUGCUAAGUGACACUGGCCCAACAUCAUUUGGUUACCGUUUGUCUCCCUAGUGACACUCCCUUUUUUCUUUCUUCUUCUUCUCCUCUUCUUUCUUUUUUCUAAAGGAGAGUUCUUUUAUUUUUUUUUUCGUUCAUUCACUUCAUUUUACAUUUUAGAAAGGGAAAGAAUACAAAUGAAAUGAAUCAGAAUAUUAAUUCAAUCACUUUUUCUACUCCUAUUUUCAAUAAAAAGUGAAACGAAAAACCAAACAAAAAGUUGAUUUGUAAAUAAGUAAUGUACAGUUUGUAUCUGUAACUUGUCAGUCUGUCAUUGGUGACAGAGUCUGUCUUGCUUAUAACGCACGCUACCAGUAAAUAAAAAAAGGAAAAAGUAUAUUUAGACUGUAUGGUCCCUUGAAAGCAAGUUUUAAAUUAAUAUCUGAUGUAUAUUCCUGUAACAUUGCAUUUUUAUCUGAGGAAUGAUGUUAUUAAAAAAUUGCAAAUAAAUUGCAUUUCCUAGA